AUGAAUACACCGAUAGUUAGAUUGUCGGAUAAAGAUUUGGAAUCAGUUUACGAACCUUCAGAGGAUUCCUUCCUCUUGAUAGAUGCCUUAGAAGCUGAUUUAGAGGUCCUAAAAGUUACAAAACCUGUGAUGUGUUUAGAGAUAGGUAGUGGAUCUGGUAUCGUAAUUACGGCUCUGGCAAUGGCAUUGAAGAAACACUGCCAGUCUUACCAUCUUGCGAUCGAUAUCAAUAUCGACGCGUGUAAAAUUUCAAAGAAAACUGCUGCUGAAAAUUUGGUAGAGAUAGAUAUCGUACAGAUGGAUUUAUUAAACUGCAUACGUAGCGAUAGCGUUUUUGAUAUCGUGAUAUUUAAUCCACCGUAUGUGGUAACCAGCGACGAUGAAAUUUCUAACGGGCAGAUUUUGUUCAAAGCUUGGGCAGGUGGUACAAAUGGUAGAAAAGUUAUGGAACGAGUGUUUCCUAAAAUUCCUGAUAUUCUAUCAAACACUGGAGUAUUUUAUCUGUUAGUUAUUAAAGAGAACGAUCCCGAAAACAUUUUACGUACAUUUAUGAAUCUGAACAUGGUAGGCAAGAUAGUAGCAGAAAGAAAAAUCAGGGGAGAGCAUUUGUAUAUAUUACGUUUUACGAAAAUAAAAUAGCAGUAUAUGUGUAUAUAUGUAUAACUUGUUUGUAUACAUGUUUGUACCUGAUUGAUUAAGGGAAUUCCUUUAACGAAAGAAGCAGUUAAAGAGCGUUUCAUUUUUCGUUGUUCCAUUUUUUAUUUCAUACGGUCGAUGAUUAUAUGACACAUAAUACGCGUGGUUGAUGAAAUUUUGUACAAAUUUAUAAAGUAUGAAUAUAACUCGUCGGUUAAGAGGUAAAAUCUGAACAGACGAUAAAGAUAUGAACAUAAAGCGAGAGAAUUAUUUGUUACUACGUAUGAUUUGUAUACAUAUAUUUUACUUGCCAUAUUGUAAAGUUAUUCUUAAUCGUAAAGUUUGUUGUACUUGUUAACGAUUGGUCGUAUCUCUAACGAUGCGAAGGAAAACGACAGUUCAGCGAAACAUGAAAACAAACAGAAAAUACUAUAAGCGUACGACGAUUUUCUCGCUAUUGUUAUAUAUAUAUAUAUAUACUUAUGUAUUUGCGUACCAUUGUCGAACGGCGUUUAUCGUCAAAACACUGUUGUAAAUAACAGGUAUAUUUGACACUUUACAAGUACUAUGUUAGAAAUUUGCCAUCGCUUCGUGUUUAAAAUAAAAAACUUAAUUUUAGUUUUGUUGAAGUACGGCAGUUAGACAUCU